UCUCUCUCUGGAAUUCUCCGGCAGACAUUCAAAGCGCUCCUUCCUUACCGGUCAAAUUCUCCAUGGCCGCGAAACGCCCGCUCCAGAGCAGCAGCGCCGCCAACAUGACAGCGGCGGUGCCGGCGGCUCCCGGGAAUAAGACGAUUGAGGAAAUGUACCAGAAGAAGUCUCAGCUCGAGCACAUCCUCCUCCGUCCCGACACCUACGUCGGAUCCAUCGAGAAGCACACCCAAACCCUCUGGGUUUUCGAGAACGACGAGAUGGUCCACCGCUCCGUCACCUACGUCCCCGGCCUCUACAAGAUCUUCGACGAGAUCCUCGUCAACGCCGCCGACAACAAGCAGCGGGAUCCCUCCAUGGAUGCCCUCAAGGUCACAAUCGAUGUCGAGCAGAACUCUAUCAGCAUCCACAACACUGGCGAUGGUGUUCCGGUCGAGAUUCACCAGGAGGAGAAGGUCUACGUCCCUGAGUUGAUCUUCGGACAUCUCUUGACGAGCAGUAACUAUGAUGAUACUCAGAAGAAAACCACCGGUGGACGAAACGGUUACGGUGCCAAACUCACGAACAUUUUUUCGACGGAGUUCAUCAUCGAGACCGCCGACGGCAAGCGCCUGAAGAAGUAUAAGCAGGUCUUCUCUAAUAACAUGGGAAAGAAGAGUGACCCAGUCAUCACCAAGUGCAAGGAGGGUGACAACUGGACCAAGGUCACAUUUAAGCCUGAUUUGGCCAAAUUUAACAUGACUUAUUUGGAGGAAGAUGUGGUUGCACUCAUGAAAAAGCGAGUGAUUGACAUGGCUGGAUGCCUUGGAAAAGGUGUCAAAGUGGAGUUAAAUGGACAACGGGUCCCUAUCAAAUCUUUCCUGGAUUAUGUUGAUCUCUACCUGAAUUCUGCUCGUAAACUUAAAGACGUUUCUCUCCCAAGGAUCACAGAGAGAAUUAAUGGGAGGUGGGAGAUAUGUGUGAGUCUUAGCGAUGGGCAAUUUCAACAGGUCAGCUUUGUAAAUGCGAUUGCAACAACUAAGGGUGGAACUCACGUCGAUUAUGUCACAAAUCAGAUCACGAACCAUGUGAUGAAUAUUGUAAAUAAGAAGAACAAGAAUGCCAACCUCAAAGCCCACAAUGUUAAGAAUUAUUUAUGGGUUUUUGUCAAUGCACUUAUUGACAAUCCUGCUUUUGAUUCUCAAACUAAAGAGCAUCUGACUCUUCGUGCAAGCAGUUUUGGUUCCAAAUGUGAACUUCCACCAGAGUUCUUAAAGAAAGUUGCAAAGUCUGGAAUUGUGGAUUCUCUUCUAUCAUGGGCAAAUUUCAAGCAGAACAAGGAUCUUAAGAAAACUGAUGGAACAAAAACGGAGAGGGUUCAUAACGUUCACAAGCUGGAGGAUGCUAAUCAAGCAGGUGGUAGGAACUCUGAGAAGUGUACCUUGAUUUUGACAGAAGGAGAUUCAGCCAAGGCUCUUGCGAUGGCUGGGCUCUCUGUCGUGGGUCGAGACCAUUAUGGUGUUUUUCCAUUAAGAGGUAAAUUGCUCAAUGUGAGGGAAGCCAGUGCUACUCAGCUUAGGGAUAAUGAAGAAAUUAAGAACAUCAAGAGGAUUCUUGGACUGCAACAGGAUAAGCAAUACUCAAAUGUCAAAUCUCUGAGAUAUGGUCAUCUAAUGAUUAUGACUGAUCAGGAUCAUGAUGGAUCUCACAUUAAGGGUCUGUUGAUUAAUUUCAUUCAUUCUUUCUGGCCAUCACUAUUAAAAGUUCCAUCUUUCUUAGUGGAGUUUAUAACUCCUAUUGUAAAGGCAACUCAAAAAAAAAACGGGAAGGAAUUGGCAUUUUAUACUAUGCCCGAGUAUGAGGCAUGGAAGGACAGUUUGAGGGGUAAUGCAAGUGGGUGGUCCAUCAAAUACUAUAAGGGGUUGGGAACAAGCACCUCAAAGGAGGGGAGGGAGUAUUUUCAAAAUCUGGAUAAGCACAAGAAAGAUUUUCUUUGGAUAGAUGAGCAAGACGGAGAAGCAAUUGAGCUUGCAUUUAGUAAGAAAAAAAUAGAAGAGAGGAAGAAUUGGCUCCGUCGAUUUGAGCCUGGUACUCACCUGGAUCAGAAGGAGAAGCUCAUAAAAUACAGUGACUUUGUUCAUAAAGAACUUAUAUUGUUUUCUUUGGCGGAUCUACAAAGGUCUAUUCCUUCAAUGGUUGAUGGCCUGAAGCCGGGUCAAAGAAAGAUACUGUUCUGCUCUUUCAAGAGGAACUUUGUUAAAGAAGCAAAGGUUGCUCAGUUUUCUGGUUAUGUAUCUGAACAUUCAGCUUACCACCAUGGUGAGCAGAGUCUUGCUGGUACUAUCAUUGGAAUGGCGCAGGAUUUCGUGGGUAGCAACAAUAUUAACCUUCUUAUGCCAAAUGGACAGUUUGGCACACGUAACCUGGGAGGCAAGGACCAUGCAAGUGCUCGUUAUAUAUUUACUCAGCUUUCUCCUAUCACAAGGUCCCUUUUCCCAAAGGAUGAUGACCUCCUUCUUGACUUCUUGAACGAGGAUGGGCUAUCCAUUGAGCCAACUUGGUAUGUCCCAAUCAUUCCAACGGUUCUUGCCAAUGGAAGUGAGGGUAUUGGAACCGGUUGGAGCUCAUACAUCCCUAAUUAUAACCCAAGAGAUAUUGUUGCGAAUGUGAGGCGCUUGCUAGAUGGUGAUGAAAUGGUACCAAUGAUUCCAUGGUACCGAGGAUUUAAGGGAACAAUAGAGAAGUCAUCGAAGGAAGCAAGCUUCUUUGUAAGUGGGUUAAUGGAAGAAGUCAAUGAGACAACAGUUAGGAUAACUGAGCUUCCAAUUCGUAGGUGGACUCAAGAUUACAAGGAAUUCUUGGACUCUAUUUGUUAUGGGAACGACAAAGCCAAGGAUCCUUUUAUCGAGGACUUCACACAGCACAGUGAUCACAGCACUGUAGAUAUCCUUGUCCACUUAGCUGAGGAGACCUUGAUUGCAGUUAAGCAAGAGGGUCUACUCAAAAAAUUAAAACUGACCACUUCAAUAAGCACAGCUAAUAUGCACUUGUUUGAUGCAAAUGGUGUGAUAAAGAAAUAUGAUACUCCGGAACAAAUUCUUGAGGAAUUCUAUCACCUAAGGCUUGAAUUUUAUGAAAAAAGAAAGAAAGCACUACUGGAUAAUCUAGAGUUGGAGUUAUUGAAGUUAGCAAACAAGGUUAGGUUUAUCCUUGGGGUCGUUACGGGAGAGAUAGUUGUGAGCAACAGAAAGAGAGCGGAUCUGUUUGUCGAGUUGCAACGGAAAGGUUUCACUCCUUUCCCAAAGAAAACUAAAGCUGUUGAGCCAGAGGUGGCUGGGGUAACUGAGGAUGCCGAAGAUACAGAAGAGAACUCAAACGCUGAAGCUAUCAGCACUGAAGCCCGAAUUAGUGAUUAUGAGUAUCUUCUAUCCAUGGCAAUUGGAACAUUGACCCUUGAGAAGGUCCAGGCACUAUGUGGGGAAAAGGAUAAGCUCAACAAUGAGGUUGAGGAAUUGCGAAAAGCAACUCCAAAAUCACUAUGGGUCAAAGAUCUCGAUGCUCUUGAGACUCAGUUAGAUGAGCUAAACAAAAGUGAUGCUCAAGCAGAGGAGGCAAGAAAGAAAUCAAAAGGCCAAGUAAAGAACGCGGCUGUUUCUAAAGUUUCUAGACAAGCACCGAAAGUUCCUCGCAAGAAUACUAAGAAGGCCAGUAAUGCAGAAGCUAUUGCAGAUAUUACUGAAAAUUUUGAUUCAGCAAUGGAAUUUGAAAAAGCCCCAGAAGUAGCGAAACCAAAAGGCAGAGCUGGUCCAAAGAAAGCUGCUUCCAAGGUAGUUGUUGAAGAUGACGAUGAUGAUGAUGAUGAAGUACUUGCCCUGAAAGAUCGACUUGCUGCCUACAACCUUGAUUCAUCUCCUGAUAAAUCAUCAGAAAUGGAUACCGAAGCUCCACAGGUUCCGGUCCCAAAGAAAGCGCCUACCAAAAGGGCUGCUGCACAGAAGAAGACCUUGGCAACUGUCUCAGAAACUGUCAAUCUUGAUGAUGAUGAUGAUGACGAGAUAGAUGGUGACGAGGACUUCGAGCUUGAAUCCACCGCACCUGCCAAGGCAGCCGCGAAGAAGGGAGGAAAGAAGCCUGCUGUGAGUACAAAAGCGGUAUCGAAGGCCCCUGCAGCAGCAGCAACCAAGAGGAGAGGCGCAGCCAACAAAGAGCCUCAGGUGUUGGGGCAGAAGCUCUUGACGGAUAUGCUCAAGCCCGCAGAGAAUUCCGGGCUUUCGCCAGAGAAGAAAGUGAGGAAAAUGAGGGCUUCUCCGUUCAACAAGAAGAGUGGUUCUGUGUUGGGAAGGGCUGUUAAUAUAGAUGAUGACGAUGAGGCAACAACUGCAAGUCAAGAGAAUUCUCCUUCAACUUCUGAGAGUGUUGAUGAUGUAGUUGAAGUUCCCGCCUCAAAAGCGAGGCCGCAGAGGGCGAACCGCACGCAGGCAAGGUAUGUGUUGAGUGACUCUGAGAGUGAGAAGGGUUCUGAUGAUUCUGAAUUUGACGAGACUAAGGACUAAACUACCGUAGAUGUUGAAGUGUGAAGCUAACCAAGGAAAUUGUAGCUCAUUUUCCUGUGUGACGAAUAAAUGUACCUUGAACUAUUUGGUAUUGGUGUUAAAAUUGAAUUUGCAUCUUGAAUUUGUUGAAUGUACACUUAUAAAUUCUUAGAGUGUUUUAUUUGUACAUUUGAGUUGUAUAUUGGAGAAAAAAACGCUACAACAAGAAAA